AUGGAUUUCUUCUUGCGAUGCAACUCCCUGAAGUGUCGAUCUCAGCUGAAGGAGAGGGCAGUCGUCACUACCUGCUCACAUAUUUUCUGUCUGAAAUGUGCAGAUGCCCUCAGUCGGUCGCGUCCUAUACCCGGUGAACGUCUGUGUCCAGCUUGUCAGACUCUCCUAAUCAACCCAGACGACGCUGUCGCAACCGUCCUGAACCCGACAGAGGAUUACAAAACUAGUGUGCUCAGUGGCCUCGAUCCAAAUACAAUAAUGGAAUGUGCGGGACGAGCAUUGCUCUUCUGGACAUACCAAACCACGCAAGAGAUGUGCGGCUUGGUAACCCGCCACGGAGCUUCGUAA